AUGGGAUCACAGCAGAGUGCUUUUGCAGUGAUUGCAAAUCUUGUAUUAGGUACAAAUGAAAACGAAAACAAAGAAAUUGAUAUUAAGAGGUUAAAAGAGCUUAAAUAUCCUGCAAAUCUCGAAGAAGCAAAGCGAUUUAGACUUAAUAACUCAAUUGUUGAUAAAGAAACUGAUAAAAAGCUAUAUAGCGUUUGAUCAACUUCUCCAGAAAGCCUUGGGAAAUAUGGGGUUGGAUUAGAGCUUUACUUUUUAUUCCUAAAACAAAUGAUCAUAUUAUUUUGCAUUGUUGCAGGCUUAAGUAUCAUUCCAAUGGUUAUUAAUUCUACUGGAGAAUUCAUUAGAGAAGAUGAAAGCCAAAAUGGCUCAAGGUAUAGCUUGGCAAACUCUUGGAGUUAUGACCAGGAUCUUUUAGAUUUAUACAUUAAAAAUGAUACUAAAUCAAAAAACCAUAGUGUAAUAAUGAAUGAAAAGGAUAUUAACCACAUUUUAGAGAGGACUGAAGAGCAGUACAAAUGGGUGUGGAUUGCUGAUGCAGUUAUCACAAGUAUAUUUUUAUUAGGAUUAAUUGUAAUCCUAAUUGUAAAUAAAAUAAAAAUCCAUGAUAGUGAGUUAGGAAAUGAUCGGGUUUCUGAGUAUGCUAUAGAAGUUGAAGGACUUCCAAAAGAAAAUAUAACUGAAGAGGAGGUUAAAAAACAUUUUGAGCGCUUCGGGAAAGUUUAUGAAACUUAUUUGGGCAGGUCGUAUGGAGAUCUUUUAUAUUUAUUCAAAGAAAAAGCUGACUCCCCAUUUAUAUAGGACCCUAAAAAAUCUGUUCCAAUUUAAAAGUGUUAAUUUUUUGGAAAAUAAAAUUAUUAUAAAAUUAUUAUAAAAUUUUAAAAAAUUAAAAAAAAUAAAUGAAUAUCUUGAUUUUAGUGUUUUUAUGGAGAUAUAAUAUAAAAUAUAUUUAAUCAAUUAAUCAUAACCUAUUUUUAAUAGAAUUCUAAUUGAUAUCCUCUAUUAAAUUAGGUUAUAACAAUUUUUAUCAAAAUUAGCAUUUUUUCCUUAAAAUUUCAAUUGAAAAAUAAAAUUUUGAUCUAAUUUAAAAGGUGCUAAAUUGAGAGGCAUCUAGUAAAAUAGCAACAUUUUCCCCAAAUUCAACCCAUUCAAGUUCAUAGCUAUAUGAAUUAUUAUUAAAUUUACCUAAAAAAUUGUUGUUUUCUUUAUAUUUUGUACCAAUUUUAAGGAGGAGUGAGGUUAAAAAAGAAAUCAGAGCGCAAAAAAUUUUCUUGGGAAUUUCUUCAAGCUUUUGCACUGAUGAUCGAAAAAUGGAAAAACUUCGUCAAAAGAAAACAAAACUAAACGAGCGCAUUUCCAUCUUAAAUUUGAAGAAAAAGCACAAUGAAUUUGAUAUAUAUAAGGCAUAUAUUAUAUUUAAAACAAAAGAAGCAAGAAAAAAAGCAUUAUGAGAAUACCGAAAAGGCAUUUUCAGUUCAUUAUCAAAUAAAGAUCCCCAAUUAAAGUUCAAAAAUGAAUUCCAAUUAAGCGUACGCUCUUGCACUGAACCUUCAGAUAUUAUGUGGGAAAACUUGGAAAUAAAUCGCAUUGAGAAAAAGUCGAGAAAAUGUUUUUCUAUUACAAUUACCUUGAUUUUUAUGGCAUUAUCAGUAGGGCUCAUAUUUUUAAUGCGAAGAAAAAAAUUGAUUGAUUAUGAUUCUUAUGGCUGCAUUCACAUGAAUGUUGAUUAUGACCGAAAAAUUUGGGAAAUAAAGCAGGAUAAAAAUAUGACAGCUGAAAUGGUUUUGUGCUGGUGCAGAGAGAGAUCAACUGAUGAUUGAUUUAAUCCAGCAAUAUUUAAUGAAUGCAAAAAAUAUGCAUUAAAAAGGCUAUCAGCAGGAGUUGUAAAUUUCUUUAUAUGUGCUGGAAUUGUUAUUGUGAAUUAUUCACUUAGACUACUUUUAACAACUUUAAGUGAAUUUGAAAGGCAUAAGAGCUUUAAUAUAAAACAAACCCAUACAUUGCUGAAAAUAUUUUUUGCAAUGCUUUUUAAUACUGUUUUAGUACCAAUUUUAACACAUAUAGAUUGAAGCGGCCAAAGUAUUGGCACUGAAGUGACUGAUCAGCAGUUUGGCGACUUCGAAAAGUUAUGAUAUGUCAAGGUAGGCUCUAUUUUUAGCAUUAUGAUGUGCAUAAACGUCGUAUCUCCUCAUUUAAUUUUCAAUUUUCUAGUCCUUUAUAUGAAAGGCCUCUAUUAUCGGACAAAAGGCUAUUUAAAAUUCAAAACACAAUAUGAAAUAAACAAUGCCUUUCUUGGUCCAGUUUUUGUGCUCUCUACCAGAACUUCAAUGAUUUUGACAGUCCUCUUUACUUGUUUUAUUUUUUCUGGAGGGAUUCCUCUAUUGAAUAUCAUUGCGUUAUCAGCUUUAUUCACAAUAUACUGGACUGAUAAAUUUUUAAUUCUUCGGCAUUAUAGAAAACCGCCACAAUAUAGUCAUCAUAUAUACAGCUGAACUAUUAAGCUGAUGCCUCUCUGCGCAUUGAUUCACUGCUGCAUUUCUUUAUAUGCAUAUGGGUGUCCAGAUGUUUUCCCAACUGGGUUUGUAAAUAACAAUUAUUUUGAUCCGUUAGAAAUGAGUAUUGAAGAUAGGAUAAAAAUGGAUCAUGGAAAAAAUUUUUAA